CGUCUCGCACGCAGGAGGUAGCACGUGUCCACCGCGAGCUUUCCACUUGCGUAACCGACUUAUUCAUCGAGGUAUGUGAGCAUAAGAUGCAAAUCUUACAGCAGUUUGGGUGCAACUGUCGUCUCAUACAGAAUUACCUCGCCCAUAUUACGUCGAAACAGUAUGUGGAAGGGCUGAUCAUGGAGGUGCGACCAGGGUCAUGUUAUAUGCAGGGUCACUGCGGAGAUAACCUCCGGUUGUUCAAUGUACAUUGAGGCGAGAAAUGUCAAGCCAACAGCCGGCAGGAGGGAUGAGCG